GGAGAGCUGCAAGCAUCGCGUUGGGGACCUUGGACGGGGGUCGACUCUGAGACGUUGCAUCCCCCCAAGUCACGGUACAACGUCUGCGCUGUCCCAGCUGAUCCCUGAGGAGGAGGAGGGGAUAUUGUGACUGCACCUCUUCCAAGAAUGGGGUUCUUCUUAGUUCUCUUCCUGGUGCUGUGUGCUGUGGCCUUCCUUGCUGGGGUGCUCUUGAACGGCUACGUCUUCUUCAUCGCUUGCUGCCAUGUGGAGAGUACGACCAGUGCCGUGUGGUUCUGGAACCGGGCCAUGACCGAUUUCAUCUUUAUCGUCUUCCUGCCUCUCAGAUUCAUUUCCAUUUUCAUCCUGGACUUAGACUGGGCUAAGAGUCUGAGCAACACCAUCUCCUCCUUCCACAUGUUCUCCAGUGCCUUCCUCCUCACGGCCCUUAGUGUCGAUCGCUGCAUCCUCGUGGCACGCCCUGAGUGGGCCUGGAACCACCGCACACCCCAACUGGCUUUCCUUAUGGUUUUCGGCAUGUGGGCCCUGUCUCUUGGGUUUAGCGUGCGGUACAGUGAUCUAUUGGAAUUCCUCUUCUCACGUUCCAGAACCAGAAUGCAUUUCCAUCCAGAUGAAGGGAGGGUGAAGGCCGCCAUUACGAUCCAGUUCCUGGUUGGGUUUCUGAUCCCAUUAGCCUUGAUCUUGAUCCCAACAUUCUACAUCGUUCUAGCUGCCAGGACGAGAAGGAACAGGCUGAUCCAAUCCACCAAGCCACUCAAGAUCCUUCUUGGCUUGAUCCCAGCCUUUUUCCUCUGCUGGCUGCCGUAUCACGUCUUCUCCUUCCUGCAGAUCUCAGCUAAGUACCCUCUGCCUAUUCUGGGCAUGGGAAGUGCUUUUGCUUGUGUCCUGACGUAUUUCAACAGUUGCCUGAACCCCAUCUUCUACCUCACCAUGGAGGAAGAGUUUCUGAGGUACCGGCAAUGUGGACGCAACUCCCAAACAACCGACAACUCGGGGCCGGAGCUGGCUGAAUCGUGAAAUGGAUGGAAUUGUCGAUAUUUGCAUGGAGAAAGAAUUCUGUUCGCUGGGACAUGUAACUUCCUCUUGAUCCCCAAAUUCUUUUUUUUAGCAAGUGAAUUUUUUGGCCUUAUUCUUAGAAGAGCCACGAGAAUGAUGACUGGAUUAGAAAACCUGCCUUACAGUGAGAGACUCCAGGAGCGCAGUCUAUUUAGCUUAACAAAGAGAAGGUGAAGGGGUGAAUCUCGCUGAGAGUCAAUGAGAAUAUAACAUAAUAUAACCCUGACAAAGAGUUUCCCAGGCUGGCUGUUCGUUGUGUGAACAAAUAUUUCCUUUUAUUAGUUUAUAUAAGUCCUUUUAUUUCUAUAAAACCGCUGGCUAUUAAUUUCAUUUGGUGACCCCUAGCUCUUGUGUUAUGGGAAGGAGUAAAUAACACUUCCUUAUUUACUUUCUCCACACCAGUCAGGAUUUUUUAGAGCUCUAACAUAUCGCCCCGUAGUUGUCUCUUUUCUAAGCUGAAAAGUCCCAGUCUUCUUAAUCUCUCCUCCUAUGGAAGCCGUCCCAUACCCCUAAUAAGUUUUGCUGCCCUUUUCUGAGCCUUUUCCAAUUCCAAUAUCUCUUUUUUUUUGAUGGAUUAAUAUAGAGGCAAUAUGAUGUUUUCAAUCUUAUCUGUCCCUUUCUUAAUGAUUCCCAACAUUCUAGUCGCUUUUUUGAUGGCCGCUGCAGAUUGAGUGGAUGUUUUCAGAGAACUGUCCACAAUGACUCCAAGAUCUCUUUCUUAGAAUCAUAGAAUCAUAGCAUAUCAGGGUUGGAAGGGACCCCAGAAGGUCAUCUAGUCCAACCCCCUGCUCAAAGCAGGACCAAUUCCCAGUUAAAUCAUCCCAACCAGGGCUUUGUCAAGCCUGACCUUAAAAAGCCUUUGUCAAGCCUGACCUUCUUGAGUGGUAACAGCUAUUUAGACUCCAUCAUUGUAUAUGAUUUAAUUGGGGAUCGGUCCUGCUUUGAGCAGGGGUUGGACUAGAUGACCUCCUGAGGUCCCUUCCAACCCUGAUAUUCUAUGAUUCUAUGAUUCUAUGUAUAGUAGGGAUUAUGGUUUCCAAUGUGCAUUACUUUGCAUUUAUCAACACGGAAUUUCACCUGCCAUUUUGUUGCCCAGUUACCCAGUUGUGUGAGAACCCUUUGUAGCUCUUCACAGUCAGCUUUGGACUUAACAAUCUUGAGUAGUUUUGUAUCAUCUGAAAAUGAUGCAACCUCACCGUUGACCCCUUUUUCCAGAUCAUUUAUGAAUAACUGAAGAGUACUGGUCCCAGUACAGACCCCUGGGGGACACCGCUAUUUACCUCUCUCCAUUCUGAAAACUGUCCAUUGGUUCCUACCCUUGUUUCCUAUCAUUUAACCAGUUAUUGAUCCAGGAGAGGACUUUCCCCCUAAUCUCACAACAGCUUACUUUGCUUAAGAGUCUUUGGUGAGGGAACUUCUUGCUUCUGAUAAACUUAAAAAAAAUUCAGAUUACUUUUUGCAUCUUUGGCUAGCUAUUCUUCAAAUUCUUUUUUGGUCUUCCUAUUUAUAGUUUUACACUUCAUUUCCCAGAGUUCAUACUCCUUUCUAUUUUCCUCAAUAGGAUUUAACUUCCACUUUUUAAAGGAAGCCUUUUUGCCUCUCAAAGCUUCUCUAGUUUGCUGUUUACCCAUGGUGGCACUUCUUUGGUUCUCUUACUAUGUUUAUUAAUUUGGGGGAUACAUUUAAGUUGAGCCUCUAUAAUGGUGUCUUUUAAAAGUUUCCAUGCAGCUUACAGGGAUUUCACUUUUGGCACUGGACCUUUUCAUUUCUUUUUUACUAACUUCUUCGUCUUUGUGCAGUUUUCUUUUCUGAAAUUAAAUGCUACCGUGGUGGGCUGUUGUGAUGUUUCCUCUGCCACGGGGGUGUUGAAGUCCAUUAUAUUAUUCUCACUAUUACCAAGCGGUUCAGUUAUAUUCACCCUUAUAUGCAGUAAUAUAUCCCUACUCUGUAUUAUUUUGGCAUGGAAUUAUUCUCCAUUGAGGUUCUAUGAUACAGUUUGGUUCAUUUCAGAUUUUUACUUCGACUCUACGCUUUCUUUCACAUAUAGUGCCGCUCCCGCACCAGCACGUCCUGUUCUGUCCUUCCAAUAUAUUUUGUACCCUGGUAUUACUCAUUGAUUAUCCUCAAUUACACCAUUACAUCAUUGAUUAUCCUUAUUCCACCAAGUUUCUGCGAUGUCUGUUAUGUCGAUGUCCUCAUUUAAUACGUGGCACUCAAGUUCACCCAUCUUAUUAUUUAAACUUCUAGCAUUUUUAUAUAAGAACUAAAAUGUCACUUUUUAGCUGUCUGGCAUUGCAUGAUGUAAUUGAAUCAACUUAACCUUCUACUGGUGAGAUUUUCAAAAGCACCUAUGUGAGUUAGGUGCUUCACUCCUAACUUCAAUGGGAAUUUGGCAGCUAACUCCCUUAGCCACUUUUAAAAAUCUAGCCCUGUGUCUUCACUGUCAAACCCGAGCCUUCAAACCCCAUGAGCCACCCCCUAACACAUAAUGAGAUUGGUUUGGAAAGAAAGACAUUUGGGUUCCUCUUUUUUGCUGUAUGGUUUUUUUUUUUUUUG